CCUCGUCGCACUCUUGAACAGAAUACAGUCAACCCACUCCUCUUAUCUCCGGCCCGCAACACUCGAGGGCAAUUAAUAAUAAAGACGCACCCUCAUCCACUAUAGCGCGAUGGAGAAAACAUAAUCGAUAUAACGCGGGCGGCUGCUUCAGGAGUUACACCAGGAGAUCGCUUAUAUACUGAGCAAACGCUUGUAUACUGACACUUUGGAUGAGCACGGUGGUAUGAUCUGAGGAAUAAAAAUAGAGGUGUAUUCUUAAAAUGACACGGACUGAUCCUCCUGACAUAAUUGCAUCAACCCUCUAUCAAGACAUCACAAUUGGCCCAAACUGUGGCCCAACAAAGUAUUCUGUGUCCACUAAAAAAUGUGAUACCCAAAUGGUUGGAACACUGAAUCAAAACUUUGAAAUCACCAACAAAAGACACUGUCGUAGCUUUGACUUCAUUGAGUUACUAGACGACCCAAAUACCUUUUCUUCAUCCAUGGAUUAUCCUUACCCAACUGAUCACCAGGCAAUGAACAAAGAUGUCAUGUGGAAUGGCACUGGACAGCAGGGGCAUCUUCGUUUUUCUUCCCCUGAUCUAUUCAAUACAAGACUAUCACAACAAAUGACCAACACAGACAAAACCAGUGAGUCGGUAAGGACUAUUGUUCAAGGCAAAACCCGUACAAAAAGUGUCCCCAAAGUUAGAGCCACCCUUACCCCUGUACCCAUUACAGUCUCACAACCCUCAGCAAAGAGAGGGAUAUCACCCGUGGAUCACCAGAAAAGACCUGAUAUGUUACCCCAAACCAGAGAGACAUCUUUUAAUACAAAUCGGGCUUUGGUUAAUGAGGUGCACCCUAUCAAGCUGCAACCUCAUACACCACUGUAUGUCUCAAAUUGUUUUGAGGGAAACAGUCAGGACAAAGUAGCCAACACUCCCCAUGUUAGGUGUCGAGUGGAUAUAAAGCCAGAUGCUUCUGUUCUCCAACACACUAGAAGGAAGAUGCGGACCACCAGUGGUGAUGCUCCCUGGCCGCACUACUCCACCUCAGGCUUCAGGAGCUUGUCUGUGCCACGUCAAAUACCCACGUCAAGGACACCCACUCCCAGUGAAUGUUUUGGCACAAACUAUAGGCAAGCAUACCAGUUUCCAAACUAUAUACCCAGCAGUUACUAUCAUCCUUCAGAUAACUCUUCAGGUAGGACUUCACUCAGAGAUGCAAGGGAGUACAGAACUCUUUCAAAUCCAAACAUUCCAACCAAAUUUUUCUUUACAGAAGAUCCCUGCAGAUAUCCAGGCCAACCAGCUAGAGCAUACUAUCAAGAUGACCAGUACAGUAUUAACAGCAGUAAUGGCCAAAACCCUUCCCUUAGUGGUCAGUAUGUGUAUGAUCCAAGAUCUCGCUGGGUCCAUACAAUGCCUGUGCGCACAUACUAUACUGACCCUCGCCAGGAAUCCUUAGAGGCAUACUACAAUAGACCAUAUCCACUAAGUGAGCCAGAACCAUACUUCAUGCCUUCACAAGCACGGACAUACUGUCGAGAAGGUGCAAGAUCAUAUGCCUUCCCAUCAGACCAUUCAAAAAUGUUCUAUACACAGGCUUGUCAUUCCCCCGCAGAACACCACAUUCCAAUGAGAGCAUACAACACAGAGGGACGAAAGCCACCACAUAUAUCUCAAGUUUUUUCAGAUGACUGGCACCGAUCAAGCAUAGCCACAUACUCCAGCCAGUACCCAUCCUCACAGACAACUCCUCAGAGAGUCCCAACACUGACCCCUUGGUAUUCUAAUGAAUUCAAUGAACCUUCUCUAUUAGGAAGGGAUGUCAGAAACUACUCAAAGUCCUGGGACAACAUUCUUAUCCCACAAAUGGAGAAGGAACAUGCUAUUUCACGAGGAAGGAGUUAUGAGAACCUUUAUCAUCAGCAGCGAGAGGUUUUGCCUGAUAAUAGACAAAAACCAGUAAUUAUUAACCUCUCAAGUUCACCAAGACGUUAUGCUGCCUUAUCUUUAUCUGAAAAUUCUCUGGAGAAGUAUGCCAGUGAGGGAAAAAUGGGUAUGGGACAAAACUGGUUUGUAACCCCAGAAAUCACCAUAACAGAUAAUGACAUCCGUGCAGGUAACAGCAGAAAUAAAGAUUCAGGCUCAGUCAGUUGGGAUUUGGAAAAGGGUAGGCGGGUUCAAAAUGAGAAUGCUCAUAAUCUAGCGAGACCCUCUGAUCCACUAGAGAGGAAACAUAAUAAUUCUACCUUGAAACAGAGCCUUGAGCAACUGGAUGAACUGUUAGCAGACUUGGUCAUUGAUUACAUACCUCAAAACAGCAGGCAGUCCAAUAAGGAAUUGAUAGACCAGCUCAAACAGUUGAUUAAUGAUGAUGAUGUAAAGGGAGAGCAGAUAUUGGAUCAAGAGGAUUCUGGACGUUUAACCACUCAGACAGAUUCCUCAAAGACAAGCCCAGAUACAUUUAAAGAUCCAGAUAGUGGUUGUGAGGGAUUUCCAAGGAGUGCUGAGGACAUAUCUUUGAACCACACUCGAAAUGAUGAUGAUGCUAUGGUGUGCUCCAACAGCAAAUGCCAGCAUAAGGAAAAUCUGUUUAAUGCCAGUUUGUACUUCAAGUCCUGCCAUAGUUGUCACACUUACUAUUGCUCCAGAAACUGCAGAUGGGAGGACUGGGACACCCACAAAAAGACCUGCAUGUAUAGUCGGAUCAGUAGUGUUUGCAGGCAUAUCCUAAAACACUGCCGAGAGAACUCAGAAGUUCAUAAAGCUUUCUCACGCAUUGCUAAAGUGGGAUACCUGUCUCGAGGUAGAGGGGUCCUUUUCAUAGGAUUCCCAAACCCUGGUUCUGCAGAUAACUUUCUCCAAGUUGGGCUUGAGAGCCUUCUGAUGUCCCCAGUAUAUCUGUCACUCAGAGAGUUGGACAGCUUCAAAGAUAACCUUGGAGAAUACUGUAAGGAACUCCAGGAUGCAGGCAAGCAAUAUGAUCCCAAUGAAUGUUUCCUUUUGAAUGUUUCCAUAGCAAUUGGUGAACUAAUGUUCAAGAGACCUUCACCUAGAUUACAAGCACCAACAGUACGCAAAUAUGCCAAGGUAUCAUUAGCCUCCUCAAGCCCAGAUAAAAAAGUUCUGAAAAAAGAAAGUGACAUGGAGACACUAAUUCUUACACCUCCCCCUGGAACAUCUGAUAUUGAUAAAGAAGGACAAGAGGGUAGGAAAGCACGAGAGGUCUGUUUUAUUAACAUCCAAAAAGAAUUGAGAACAAGAGGGGUUUUCCUUCGCCAUGAGUUUCCACAAAUAUAUAACCAGCUUUGUGAGUUUGUAGAGAGCAAUAAGAGGUUCACACCCACAACAAUUUAUCCCAUAGACAAGAGAACAGGGAAGCAGUUCAUGUGUAUGAUUAUGGCAGCUUCUGAGCCAAGGACACUAGACUGGAUUGGUGCACCACACCUGCUUGAUGACAUUAUAUAGGCCAUAUAGGCUUCUCCUGCCUCUGCAGUUGUAUAGGUCCCCUUCUGUGAAGUAUGCUCUGUGUAAAUCUAUGUAAUAGGAAUAUUUGUAGAUAUGUAUUUUAUUACAGUAAUUAGUAAAGCUUUCUGGUGUUUGCUAACCUGCGACAGCAUUAUGCUUACUGACAAAAUGCUUGUGGGAUGAAAUGUAUGCAGAAAAGUGCUCUACGGCAGAUAUAUGAGCCCAAAUUGUUUUGUUAAUGGAUGAUUAUUUAAUUUGUUUAUUUGUUUAGUAAAUUGUAGUGAUUAAAUAUAAUCUUGGAAAACAUUUUCAAAUUAACAGGCCAUGAAUUCUAGCCUGUUAAAGAAAUGAAUAUGCACUUGCAUGUAGUAUGCACGCAAAAAAAAAAAAGAAUAAAUAUAUUACAGAAUUCACUCAAACAAUUCAAAGCAAUAUUACACUGUAUUUUUAUAUAUAUAAACAUAAAUUCUGUGCUUUUAUCAUGCAUAUAUCCAAAAAUCUGGGAUUGCAAUUAAGAUUUGUUUAGCUACUAUAAAACACAUUACAUUUAAAUGUCAAGAAGCAGGAUACAAUGACAAAUAUUUCAGUCUUUGAACUGAAAAGAAGCUAGAAAACUAUGGAGCAGAUUUUGUGCCUCACCUCCAGGGCAGAAGAAAAAUUGUGUGCUGUUUCAAGUAACAUUAACUACGUUGCUAACUAGAAAUGCAGUGACAUGCUUCCAUCAAAUUAACUUACAAUGUAUCUAUCUAACAUUUGCAGGUAGAUACAUCUAACUAAGCACUAGUUAAACACCAUCAGACUUUGUUAGCAUUCAUGGGCAAUUUUCUGCAGGUGUUUUUAGGAUAGAACUCAAGCCAUGACUGGGAAAUAUAAUUUUACAAAAUAAAAUAGUUUUGGUUUUGCAGCACAUUUUGAACGUGUCAUAAUGAAAAGGAAUAUCAUUGUGUAUAAUGUUUCACAUUUUUUAAUUGUCACAAUUGCAUUUAAGAUGUGGCACAGAAUCUACGCCAUAGAUUACCAUAUUCCAUAUAGCCAUGCUAAUUAUUUUGUUUUUAUGGAGCACUGCAUGGUUGUCACUCAAAGUUAAAAUGUAAAAAUCUAAACCAUUCUAAUGUGGUUAAGAAUAUUAAGUACAUGAGUCAACGUUUGAUGGAUAAAGUUACAAGCAACCCAAAUAAUCAUAAUAUCACCAGAAUACACACUACUGAUAAGUUAACAUAUUAUUAUAUGCAUAAGUUAAAUCUCAAGUAAGUUAAAGCACAAGUUAAAUCUUUAUUCUAUUACAUGCAGUAUAUUUAGGUUCAUUCCAAUGUUCUGCUUUUGUUCACUGUACCACUUUAGGAUGAUAGUGUUGAAAAUAUUUUAUCUUAUUUAAAAAUAAUAUGUUUAUAUUUUAACCCUAAAUGAGAAAUGAUAUAACUAAUAUAUUUGAAAUUGAAUAUUUUACUAAAGUUUGUAUAAUUUUUGUGUGGGAUGAUUUAACACAUGAAUAAGUAUGCAAUGUAAUGCACAUGAGAUAUACAGGCCAUGUUUGUGAGGGAAAUUAUCAUUGUAAUUCACUUUAUUUGUAAAGAAAACCAUACACAAAAAUCACUAAUUAAAAAAAUAAAAUCAGAACAGUAAAUUCCAUAAAUUUGCUGAUAAAAAUAUUUGUCCCUGUGUUUGGUAAUUUCCGUUCAUUAUUUAUUUGUACAUUUAUUUAUUUCUAAUGCUUGUUGCAAAAGUUACAUAUUAUGUUAAAUGUAGUUUUGUUUAUGUUCAGUAAAAGAAAGUCUCAAGCUGUUAAUGAACUUAAUUAAAUAAUAAAUAUAAA